AUGUCUAAGGAAUCGAGUCUCUUGCGUUGGUCCUCCUCAUUCACGGUCACUGCGCCCCGUCAUACGCCCAAGCUGCCCGGCGACAAAAUCACUUUGCCCCAGUCCGCCCUCGAGCAGCUCCUCGCAGCUGCCCCGCUCCAGGCGGUAUUUUCAAAUAGGCCUGCUCACCCAUAUACUACAACCUUUGAUCCACUCAAUCCGCGAACCUUUGCGGCUGAGUCACGAGCACGUGAACAAGCUUCAGAACGUCAACAUCAGUUACCUCAUCCGUUAACAUUCCGUAUUGUCAACCCCAAGAAUGGCCGUGCGAUAUACGCUGGGAUCCGCGAAUUUUCCGCCGAAGAUAACGAAGUUGGUCUUAGUGUUUUCUUGAGAGACGCCUUAGGGAUUGAAGACAACCAAUUCCCGGCGGAGACAAGUAGGUGCUGGCAGACUUCGGAACCAUCGGAAACGAUAGACGGCACUGCGGAACCACUGCCUGCUUCUUUAGCCCCGGAAUUAGCUCCUAUAGUCACAGUCCAUGUUGAACAGUUGGCCAAGGGAACCUAUGUUCGUCUCCGUCCUCUUGAGGCUGGCUAUGAUCCAGAGGAUUGGAAGGCUCUGCUUGAACGAUACCUGCGAGAUAACUUCACGACCUUAAGUACAGGAGAGGUCUUGCAGGUGUCGGGGGGUCGGCACGAGUCGUUUAGGUUCUUGGUGGACAAAAUUGAGCCAGAGGGUGACGGCAUUUGCAUUAUUGAUACAGACUUGGAGGUAGACAUUGUGGCCUUGACUGAAGAGCAGGCAAGAGAAACCUACCGGAGGCGGCUGGAGAAAACAUCUCGUUCCAUUGGAACCCAGGGGGGGUCGUCAACUGGCGGGGUAAUUUCUAUUGGAGAGAAAGUGAAUGGCCUGGUAUUUCCAGGUACAUACGUUGACUACGAAAUCCGCCAGUGGGAUCGCAGAGACCCUAUUAUUAUCACAGUCGAAAGUGCGGAUGAUGCGGAUGUCUCCCUUUUUAUCAGCCCCCUCACUGCUCGCCAGAGGAACCGUCCUAGAGAAGACGAGCACCUUUUGGGUGACUUCACUACUCAACCAAUCAAGCGUGUUCAGAUUGAGUCCACAAAUGUAGAGCUGGAGACGGCAGAGGCUCUAUAUGUAUCGGUUUAUGCAUUCGGCCAUGUUGAAUACAGCGAGGAGCAUUCACAGAAUCAAGAGCUACCGCUGCAAUACAAGUUGCAGAUUUCAACUAGUCAGUCGGUUGGCUCCGACGAAGAUUCGAAGGAGACAUUAGCGCAUGGUAAUCCGAAUGAAAUUCAAUGUGGCAAUUGCCAACAGUGGGUGCCUCAGCGAACGCUAGUGCUGCACGAGAGCUUUUGCCUUCGGAACAACGUACUUUGCCCUCAGUGCCAUAAUGUAUUCCAAAAAAGGUCGUCUGAGUGGCAGAAUCAUUGGCAUUGCCCUCAUGAUUCAUCUUAUGGCAAUGAUUUUGCAAGUAAGCACAAGCAUGACGCUAUCUUCCACUCCCAGCGGCCAUGUCGCGCUUGUGGGCUCGAGAUGGAGGGCCUUCCGCAACUCGCUCAUCACCGCAUAACUGACUGUCCAGAAAAACCAAUCCUAUGCCAAUUUUGUCAUCUUGUAGUCCCCCAAAAAGGCGAGGCGGAUCCCGAUAUGCACGACCCAGAUGUCCUGGUAUCUGGACUCACUCCACAUGAAUUAGUUGACGGUGGUCGAACAACGGAUUGUCACCUGUGUAACAAAAUUGUUCGACUGCGCGACAUGAAGACCCAUUUGCGUCAUCACGACCUGGAACGCUUGUCCAAACCCCCACCCCGUGUUUGCAUGAACCAAAAUUGUGGCCGUACACUUGAUGGGCGCAGUGUACAAAAUGCAGCCACGCCAGGCACUGAUACGUUGGGCCUCUGCAAUUUCUGCUUCGGACCACUAUAUGUGGAUAUGUAUGACCCAGAAGGAAAGGCACUCCGCCGCCGCAUCGAGCGUCGAUACGUUUCGCAAAUGAUGACCGGGUGUGGGAAGCCCUGGUGUCAGAAUGAGUAUUGCAAGAAUGGGAGACGGAUCAGACAGCCUUCUUCGAUACCAAAGAAUGAUACUCCGCUCGAAUCGAUGAGCGUAGCAAAUAUUCUAGCCACAAUUAAACCCUUCGUCGACGCAAUAUGUCUGCAGAGCGGUAAUCUAAACACCGCACCGGUUUACUUUUGCACCGACCAAGUGGGCCAGCAGCGCCGCAUACUCGCGGAGAUGAUAGCGGCCGAAGGUUCCGUGGCGAGUAGCAAAGGGUAUGGUUUACCAUGGUGUGUGGCAUCUGUUGAAGCCACUGGGGGGGAUCUUACCAAAGCACGGGAAUGGCUAGAGAACUGGGCACCUGCGAAAGACGAGGAAUCUAGUGCUCUGUAUUAA